UCCAUUCUGUAGGUUUGUAGACACUUAGAAUGGUGCCUGGCAUGUAGUAGGUACUAUACUGGUGUUUAUGACAGAUGUAAUUUUAUGGGCAUAGCCCAGCAUUGGAACAAAAUUACAGUGUCUUUGGCUGAACCUCAGAUAAAACCCUUGGCUCAAUCCUUACCCAGCUGUGAGGUUCCUCAGAAGUGGGAAUUGUCUCAUUUCCUCUCGUUCCUGGGUUUGUGCUUACUAAGUGGAUGAGGAUGGUGAAACCAUCUGUGCUAUUUAAAUUGUUUAUGUUUUUAUAUUUUGCCAAGUGAGUGGUUGAAUUGGUGAAAAUUAGCUCUGUAUUUGAUGCGACUUCAUUGUAAAUAUUUACUGAGUGAAUGAGUAGAUGGAUGGGUGGAUGGACGGAUCGAUGGACAGACGGACGGAUGGAUGGAUGGAAGGAUGGAUGGAUGGGUGAAUCUGCCUUCCUGAAGGAGACUCACUCGGUCUCCCUCACACAUCCCUCCAUGUGUAACCUGUUGCUUGGAUGCCCCAUGGAGGCAGCUGUUCGUGGGUAGAAUGAGUGAAGCCAAAUUCUGGCAUCUGACACGCAAUUACACUUCUGCAGGUUUGAAGAUUUUGUUCAGGACCAUGGAGAGCAGCACCAGCAGCCCUGAACCCCCGCAGUCGGAUCCCCUUGAGGCAUUUCCCCAGAGGAACCUGGAGCCAGGUGACAUUGCAGUGCUGGUUCUAUACUUGCUCUUUGUCCUCGCUGUUGGACUGUGGUCCACAGUGAAGGCCAAAAGAGACACAGUGAAAGGCUACUUCUUGGCUGGAGGGGACAUGGUGUGGUGGCCAGUGGGUGCAUCUCUGUUUUCCAGUAACAUUGGAAGUGGACAUUUCAUUGGCCUGGCAGGGUCAGGUGCUGCUGCAGGCAUUUCCGCAUCUGCUUAUGAACUUAACGGCAUAUUCUCCGUGCUGAUGUUGGCCUGGAUCUUCCUCCCUAUCUACAUUGCUGGCCAGGUCACCACAAUGCCAGAAUACCUAAGGAAACGCUUUGGCGGCAACAGGAUCCCCAUCAUCCUGGCUGUACUCUACCUGUUUAUAUACAUCUUCACCAAGAUCUCGGUGGAUAUGUAUGCAGGUGCCAUCUUUAUUCAGCAGUCUUUGCACCUGGACCUGUACCUGGCCGUAAUUGGGCUAUUGGCCAUCACAGCUCUAUACACCAUCACAGGUGGCCUGGCUGCUGUGAUCUACACAGAUGCUGUGCAGACUAUGAUCAUGCUUAUAGGAGCACUCACCCUGAUGGGCUACAGUGAUUGUUCAGCGGACCCUGGCUGCCAAGAACCUGUCUCAUGCCAAAGGAGGCUCUCUGAUGGCCGCAUACCUGAAGGUGCUUCCUCUUUUCAUGAUGGUGCUCCCUGGAAUGGUCAGCCGUGUCCUCUUCCCAGACCAAGUGGCUUGUGCAGAUCCAGAAAUCUGUCGGAAGGUCUGUAGCAACCCCUCUGGCUGCUCUGAUAUCGCAUAUCCCAAACUCGUGCUGGAACUCCUACCCACAGUGCCAGCACCAUCUUCACCAUGGACCUCUGGAAUCAUAUCCGACCUCGGGCGUCUGAGAAGGAGCUCAUGAUUGUGGGCAGGGUAUUUGUUUUGCUGCUGGUGUUGGUAUCCAUCCUCUGGAUCCCUGUGGUUCAGGCCAGCCAGGGUGGCCAACUCUUCAUUUACAUCCAGUCCAUCAGUUCCUACCUGCAGCCACCCGUGGCUGUAGUCUUCAUCAUGGGAUGCUUCUGGAAGCGGACGAAUGAAAAGGGUGUCUUCUUGGGCCUGAUCUUGGGCCUGCUCCUAGGCUUGAUUAGGCUGGUCCUGGACUUCAUUUACGUGGAGCCUCAGUGUGGCCAGCCAGAUGAGCGCCCAGCAGUGGUGAAGGAUGUCCACUAUCUUUAUUUCUCCACCAUUCUGUCCACAGUCACCCUGGUUACUGUGUCCACCGUGAGCUGGUUCACGGAGCCACCCUCCAAGGAAAUGGUCAGUCGCCUGACCUGGUUUACUCGUCGUGACCCUGUGGUCCAGAAGAAACAGGUGCCACCUCUGCCUCUUACCCUCCCUCAGAGUGGGACACCGGAGGGUAGCCCCACCAGCAUCCAGCUGGAGAUUGUUCAAGAAAACCUGUCCAAAACCCACAGCCGUGAUGUGACCCCAAAGCAGUCCAAAGUGGUGAAAGCCAUCUUGUGGCUGUGUGGAAUGGAAAGCAAGGGCAAGGAAGAGCCCAUGAGCAAAGUGGAACCUGUCAUAGCUUCCUCGGAAGAAAACCCCUUCAUGAAAACCCUCCUGGACAUCAACCUCAUUAUCUGCAUUAGCUGUGCCAUCUUUGUCUGGGGCUACUUUGCUUAAUGUUGGCGACUGAACCCAGCGGUCUAA